AUGGCUGCUAGAUUCUUUGCAAGGCAGACCCGCCAAGAAGCUUCAACCCCAGCGGAAUCCAAAGGACCAACUCCGAAGUACGAAUUUAAGGGACAUGAGCGGGCUAUAUGGCGGUUCGUCUUCUUGCACGACAACAUCCACAUUCUGAGUGGUUCGUGGGACGGCACGAUGCGGAAGUGGAACUGCGACACAGGACUUCUUGUCGGAGAACCAUGGGAAGAGAAAGGUGGAAGCAUAUAUUCACUGGCGCUUUCACCGGACGGGAAGACUAUUGCGUGCGGGAGAGAGGAUGGAAGUGUUCAGCGAUGGAACACUGAAGGAGAGAUGGUGGAAGACGUUUGGACAGGUCAUAGCAAUGGAGUGUGGUCGCUCUCAUGGUCUCCCAGCCAAGGCCACUUAGCCAGCGGGUGCAACGAAGGAAAAAUCCUCAUUCGAGAAGCAAAAACCGGAAAAGUCGAAGUGGGUCCAAUCAAGACGAAGCAAGACUCGGUGCAAGCACUUGCAUAUUCACCUUCAGGAGAUAGAAUUGCAUCAGGCGGGAGCAAUGAAACAAUUUGCAUCUGGGACACGAAGACCGGCAAGCUUAUCAUCAGCCCCAUCGAAGACCUGGGUGAUUACGUGUCGUCGUUGGUGUGGUCUUCGGACGGCAGCAAAAUCUAUUCUGCUUCCGACAAAUGUGCACGUGUUUUCGACAGCACCUCAGGUGAACUACUCCAUCGCUUCGAGCAUGGCAAUAUCUUGUGGUCUAUCGCACUUUCACCCAAAAAUAAUGUCCUGGCGUGCAUAGGCAAUGAUGUUGCCCAGUUAUGGGACACAGAGUCUUAUCAGCCACUCCGAGGUCAGCCAUUUCACCAGGAGGACCAAACCCUUUAUUGUGUGUCAUUCUCUCGAGAUGGAAUAUACCUGGCAUAUGGUGGAUAUGACAAGAAACUCACUCUCUGGAUGAUCAAAGACAUAGCUCCUGAGCUUCCAGUGCCCAUACUUCAACAGGACUACAGUCAAGCUACACAGCAGGACACUCGACCCGAGUCCGCAUCAUCCUCUUGCCUUGACGCCGAUGCUACGGGUGGCGAUGGCAUCAUCGAAGAGGAGCAUGAUGAUCCAUACAACACCUUUUUCCAGCAUUCCCAGCCAUCUCUUCAUUCGACAUCAUAUGGGACCCGUCUUCACCACCUGUUUUCGACUCGCCGGUUUCGGAAUAUCGUCUCUCAACAUCGCCCUCCAGCAAACGAGUCCAAUCCAGAACAGUGCAACAAGCGCAGUUUCUUUGCACGUCAUAUUUACCACAACCCGCCCGUGCAGCCCAUAACCACCACACUCAACCAACAAAUACCAGGAGGGAAGGCUCGACCAGGAGAAGAUCACGAGGAAAGCAACCAGUGUUCUGCGAAUGCUGCGCUCUACGCGAGCAAAGCAAACAAGGAUGAAGAUGACGAACCUCCCACCAAUGUGCACACCCCACCACCCGAUGAUCCCACUUCCCCCGCCGAGCUCGACAGCGAAGACAAUCGCAUUAUCUGGAAAUGGUUAACACUCGGUCGAGGGAAGAAUCCAACGUCUGCUACAAUGGCUCCAAUGAGGAGAUACGAACGCUCUCCUGAGGCUGUUGAGAUAUAUGCUGCGCGCGGGUUCCAGAGACUCGUCGCAAUGAAGCGGGUCCGCAAGACAAAGGCAUCGGCAGCUACGGACGGUGCUACUCCCGCCGCAGAACACCUCGGUACCUCAUCACAAGCGGGUCCAUCAUCGCAAGUUGUCUCUGUACACGCAGUAUCAUCAUUUCAAGGUAUAGCUGUACACGAAGCUCAACAUUCGCAAGGCACUGCAGGUUCAUCAUCACACGCUUCCUCAUUGCACUUCGUCACUUAUCACACCAAACAUGGCUCAGAUUCGGACUCGAGCAUAGAAGGCAGCUGCAACAGAUUCCUCGACAAAAUAUGUUUCCCUCGCGGACACUACCACGAUGAUUAG